GCAUAUAAGUCACCAGCCACAAACUCUGAUCUGCAUCUUCUUCUUGCAUCACAUCUCCAGCUUGGCUAGUGAUCAGUGAUACUAGAAAAAAGGCAUGGCUGGUGAGCAAGACGUCGAGAGAGGCGGAGAAGAGAGUAGAGCUCCACUUCUUGCAGCAGAGCCCUCCAAAAAGAGCAGCAAUGAGAAUAGAUGCAUGGUGUACCUCAGCACAUUUGUUGCAGUUUGUGGCUCUUACGCCUUCGGAUCUUGUAUAGGGUAUUCUUCACCUACUCAGUCUGCUAUCAGAAAAGAUGUCAACUUAUCCUUAGCUGAGUACUCACUGUUUGGCUCCAUCUUGAAUAUUGGAGCAAUGAUUGGUGCAAUCACAUGUGGCCAAAUCGCGGACAAAAUAGGCCGUAAAGGGGCAAUGUUAGUAUCAAGUGGAGUCUGUUCGAUGGGAUGGCUAUCGAUUUACAUUGCCGAGGAUGCACUGCUUCUAGACAUUGGAAGAUUGGCAACUGGAUAUGGGAUAGGAGUCUUUUCUUAUGUGGUUCCAGUAUUCAUAGCUGAGAUCGCCCCCAAGGAUCUGAGAGGAGCUUUGACAACCAUAAACCAGCUUAUGAUUGUUACUGGGGUGUCUGUAUCCUUCGUCGUAGGCACGUUUAUAACAUGGAGGAAUUUAGCAUUAGUAGGCAUAGUACCUUGUGCUGUUCUUCUCGUAGGUCUCAGUGUCAUCCCCGAAUCCCCGAGAUGGCUGGCAAGACAAGGAAAACACAAGGAGUUUGAGGCGUCUCUACGCAGACUUAGGGGAAAGGAUGCUGAUAUAUCAGCAGAAGCAGCCGAGAUUCAAGAAAAUGUAGAAACACUGGAGAGGCUUCCAAAAGCGAAACUACUCGAUCUGUUUCAAAGGCGAUAUCUCAGUUCACUCAUGAUUGGAGUAGGAUUAAUGGUGUUCCAACAGUUCGGUGGAAUCAACGGGGUCAGCUUCUACACCAGCAGCAUCUUUGAGGCCGCGGGAUUCCCAUCCGACUUUGGAACCAUAAUCUACGCGGUUCUUCAGGUGAUAAUUACCGCGCUAGCUGCUACUUUUAUCGAUAGAGCAGGAAGAAAACCUCUUCUAGUGAUUUCUGGAUCAGGUCUUUUCCUAGGUUGUCUUUUGCUAGGGAGCUCAUUUUAUGUGAAGGAGUAUGGAGUAGCAUCAGAAGCAGCUCCAGCACUAGCUUUGAGUGGUGUAAUGGUGUACAUAGGGUCUUUCUCAGUUGGAAUGGGAGCAAUUCCAUGGGUGCUCAUGUCUGAGAUAUUCCCACUAAACAUCAAGGGAGCUGCAGGGAGCUUUGCCACACUAGUGAACUGGUCUGGCUCAUGGGCUUGCUCCUACACUUUCAAUUUCCUAAUGAGCUGGAGCACCUAUGGCUCAUUCAUGCUUUAUGCAGCAGUGAAUGUACUUGCAGUUGUGUUUGUGAUUAAGGUAGUGCCUGAAACCAAAGGGAGAACUCUGGAGCAAAUUCAGGCAGCAAUCAGCUCUUCUUAGAACAAUCUCCAAACUUCCUCUUCCCCAUCUUUGGACCUAAGAGAUGAGAGAUGUUGAUGGUUUGGUUAUGUUGAUGUUGUAUGAAAUGGAAAGAUAGCAAUUUAUUUGAUGUAUGUUUAAGUAUUUUUUGUGAUUGAAACUUGGAACUUCUUCUUUCAUGAAUCACAAUCACACCCUUUAGUUA